ACACCGUUUAAAACUCCUGCCUGCUCUCCAUCGACGCUAGAUGCCCACGUUUGUUAUCUUCUCCAUUCAAAUUGCAGGACAGUAUGGGUCUGUCAUCUCAUCUCUCUCUCCCCUACUCGUAUUAUCUUUUCAUACCUACAGACAUAAAUAGUAAAUUUAUGGUCCCAUCUUCUUUUUUUUUUUCUUUUCUUUUGGAAAGAAUUAUGGUCCCAUCUUUUAUUGCAUGCAUUGAGCAUUAUUUGCUUUCUGGCCCCCAUCCUGCAAACUAUUUACUCGAAGAAGCCCACCCUAACUUUUGUCACUUGUGCUCAUAAAUUUUCAAUAAACUCACCACCAUCACUUAUUUGAAUCGGCUAUAUCCAUUUUUGAGUCCCUCGCUCGCCUUUCUUUCACCAGUGGGAAACGCUCUGAAAAAAAUCUCAUAAUAAGAUGGGCAGUUCUUCUUCUUCUUCUUCUUCAUCCAUCCUUGUCGUCGUUGCAGCAUUAUUCAUCAUCAUCUUUAGCGACGGAAGCUACACCGUCGUCGCGGAAAGUCGGCCCAACACGGACAAGGUGGCCUCCGGGUGCGGGCCGUUGGUCGACCACCGGCCCGAAACGAGAGCCCAAGCGUUGAGGUCCAUAAACCACGCGAUCGAAGAGGCCGCGACCGCGGCCCGCCGCAACACCUCGUGGGCUAGUGGGCCGUCGUCAAAAGUCGUCGCCUUUGCCAAUUGCUCCGCCGCGCUGACGGCGGCUGGUUGCAAAAGGUGUCUCAACGAGGCGCAGUUCAGGGUGAUCAACGUGGAGUGCCCGUACGUGUUCGGAGGCUGGAUCGAGCUUGUCGAUUGUAACGUGCGGUACGACGUCGUGAUGAUUACUUCGUUUUAUACUCAAGCUCAGAGGUGGAGUUACUUGUUGUAAGUGAGUAAGUCACUGCAUGUUUAAUAUAAGCCUUGGAAAGAAAUAAAUGAAAAAGAAAAAAAAAACAUGAUAGGAGGUUAGAACCCGUGAAGUUUAAUGAAAUAAACCGGUUCGAUCCUUGCUAUAAUAAUUUUUUUUAUUUUAGUGAUUUGAUUAGUUUGUUGUUACAUGAUUGAUUGUGACAUUUUAUUUGAACGAUGACAAUAAAAAAUACGUAAAUAAAAACAAAUUGUUACUAUUGCGAUAUAAAAAUGUAACAUCAGCAACUAACCUUGUGUAACGAGUAAUUGCACAAUGUAUCCGGAAAAUGACUACUUAUAAAUCGAGAUUAACAAGGAUUAUUGUUGAUUUUUUUUUUAACUACUCGAGUUAUUAAUUCAACUAGUUUUUUUCUAGCUCAAAUGGAGAUUGCUUUUCAUGGGCUUGUCUUGAAACCUCGCUCUGGGCCGCAUUUUUCAGUUCUUACGGCCUUCAAUCAAGUGGCACCAGCAGCUAUUUUGGGCCACUGAAACGAAAGCCCAGUUGGAAAAGGAUGGGUAGGCGUACAGUCUGGGAAAUUGGAAGGCCUGUCUUGGAAAGGUUAGGGGGGGUAAGCCGGGGAAAGUCGGCCUUCCCCGUUUAACAAAGGCCCAACGAAGCUUCUCCUCCAUUUAAUCGAAGGCCCAAAGAAACUUAAAAUCCGGCCCCGUUCGGGACGCUUCUGGUUCUUAAAACAAAAUUCGAAAUGCGAGUAAUCGACGAGAUUUCAUGAUAUGACGAUAAAUUGAUAUUUCGCGA